UUCUUUUAACAAGGGGAUGUUCAAAGCAUGGCGCUGCCAAGGUUUACAUGUCACCAUCACCAUGCAAUUACAAAUUCAGCAAUAGUCAUGCUAUAGCAACCAGUUGCCAUGGUGACGUAGCGCCAAGGUAAUCAUAAAGACGACAUCAUAAAGACGACGAUCGAUGUGGAUAAUUGCCGGAGCGAUCAGACGUGACAAAUGAAAGCUUUCACAUUUUUAAUCUACCAAGGCUUGACCAAUUGUAGUUUUUUUUUAAUUUCAAAUAAGAAGUACGAUGCAUUUAGUUUUGGACAUACAGCUUUACGAAUAUUCGCUCCUCAAGAUUACUAAUAACUCUUCUGGUGAUAUUUUGUAUAAUAAAUAUAACACAAAUUAUCACUCCCCCCCCCCCAAAAAAAACUACUCGUCCAAAUAUCUUCUUUUGCCGUUUUGAGUUUUGUUUGUUCUCAAGGUUAUAUGCACUUUUUAUAUAACCAUGUUGCUUUUGUACAUGCUAUUUGUCUUUCUGAUUACCCAUACGUUUUUACUGUAUUGUGUUUUUACUUCUUUUUUGAGCGUCUUUUUGCUUGUGUACAGUAUUCUUUUGGGGGAUGUCGGGCCUUGUAGAGGGUUGUUGCUUUACUUGUUAGCUCCAACUAAAUAAAUUCGUGUCACGGCAAUUCAGGUUGUAACUCACACUCAACUAUAUCAGAAACAAGGAAACUAAACGAAAAAGGUCCAAAAUGAGAAAAACUGCCCUAUUUUUGUAGCCAUAAUUUACGUGCAGAUCGCAACGCGCCGAAUUAUUUACGUGAGCAUCGACAGCCUGUUGAUUCUCUCAGCCCGAGCCUUGUCACCGCAAGGUUGUGAUAUUCAUCCGCGUGGUUGAGCGCGCCAUUCUUUGGCGUUUUUUCCCCCAGCCGAGGAGUGUGAACAGUCAGCUUCGAGAAUACUUCUUACUGACGCAUCGGCGGGAGGCCGGGGAAAAUUUUCGAACGCUCUCAGCUCAUCAGACACUUUUUAAAUCCUGUUCUUGGAGAGAAACAGUUUCGAUUGGCAUAGGAUUCGGUCAUUCUGUUCUUGUCACCUAGUUCUCGGGAGUCUCUGGAACACACACUCCCCGCCACCAUGACGAAAUACCGCCCGUUUGUUGGAUUUUUAUGGCUGGCCGUGUGCGCUUUGACUUGUGAUGCCCGAACGUACAACGAAUCGGAACUGGACGAAUUGUACCUGAAUGGUACCCAUCUGUAUUGGGAUGCCAAAUAUCACUGGGGAAUGAGCGACGGCUACAAUGAAAUGUUGGGCACGGCCGGCAUGAAAGUCUGCUUCGUAGAAGGCCCAGAGCGCGAGGCCUUGGUCCUUGGCGAAGAAUCCAACUUUAGCUCAGAUGUGACCCUGGAGCUACAGCAUAGUGAGGACAGUGUGUCUUUGUAUUCGGAUGCAUUUACCGUGGCCUUGUGGUACAGCUUUCGGCCUGUGGACUUCUUUGCAGAGAUCAAUGACAGCAUGGCAUGCCACCUGCUGCAACUGGGAGGCAGCCAGAAAAAUAUAGCAAUUUCUUACGAUGGCCUGAAAGAGUACAAUUUGCAGUACAGCUACCAGCAUAAUACUAAUACUAAAUAUGUGAUAAACGACGACGCGGACCGGCCACACUGGGAAUUUGAAGUCAAUGACACCAUCAAUGGCGGAGUAAUCAAGCGAGGCUGGCAGUGGAAUCAUAUUGCUAUGGUGUAUGAUGGUUCAGUGCUGACAGCGUAUUACAAUGGUUUCAGCAUCAACAAGACAAUGGAAACUGUGUCUUCUGGUAUGGAGACUUUGCCUUAUAAGCUGUCUCUCAAUGUUCCAAAGAAUGGCAAAACCGCUUGCAGCCCUGUCGGUUUCGACGAGGUAGCCUUCUGGCCAAAGGCACUCAAGCCUGACGACAUUCUGGCCCUGCGAGUCCACGUCGGCCGGAACCGAAGCCUGGACGAACCCGAGCCCACCACUGAAGUCCCUACCACCACGUUGCCCGAUACCACUGCCGGCGACACCACGGCCGGCGACACGACAGCUGGAGACACGACUGCUGGAGACACCACAAUGAGAGACUCAACGGCUGGCGACAGCACCGCUAUGGAUACCACUGUUGGGGAUUCAACGUUUGAAGACACCACUCUUGGAGAAACCUCCCCCGGCUUGGAUGGUGAUUCUACCAUUCUAUCAACCACGGUAACUGACAGCACCCCAGAACAGUCCACCAGUGAGAUGUUGUCUACUGACGCACCCACAGACAAACAAAGCACAGAUGGAGGCAUGGCACCACGCAGUACAGGAGAACCGGAUGGGCGUACCACAACAAGUGUGCCAGUGGCAACUACGCAGUCAGCUAAAGCAGUAGAGGUGGACGAACUGGCAAAGAGUGUCGAGAAUAUCACUACUGCCCCAUCGCAGGAAGUGACUGCCAUCUUAGUUAAGGCAGGGGAUAUCGUUGGGAAUGCUACCGAGGCGGAAACUUACUACAUUGCAGACAACGUGGUCGACUUGUUGAAAAUCACCUCCAAAGUUCCGCCUGCAAAGGUCAACAGCAGCAGCGAAGAGAUUGCCAAAUUGAAUGAUUACAGAAAGGCUUUCGUGAAUCUGUUUUCGACAGUGUUGGUGCGAUGGGAAGAAUCAGUGAAACCCGUCUCUAUCAAUGCUGAAGAUGUGGUUCAGGUCAUGGACAAUUUCUUGACCAAUUACGUCGAAGAUCCCACUGUGGCUGAGAAUGAGUCUAUCUUCAGCAACGGAAUCGAUGUACAGCUGGCUCCAGUUGAUGGGACUGUUGUUCAGAUGGAUGACCUCACAAAUGUGAGCAUUCCAACAGAUGCCUUUGACUUUGAAACCAGAGGUGUCAGAGUCUUGAUUUGCCUCCUCAAGAGAGGACUGCAGAAUGUGCUGGAACCUCAAGAAGGUGUCCAGCCCAUUGACACAGGAUUGAAAUAUUCCAAGAACCCAACUUGGAACAUCACUGGUCCUAUUGUUGUGAUGCGUGUCUCUGGUCGCUCUGGCUCAGUCCAGCUGAAGAAGCCCGUCUCCUUUGAAAUGCACGUGGAUCCGUCGCUGGGAGAGGACCCCAUAUGUGUCUACCAGAAGGGGGCGAAUUGGUCUGGCGAAGGUGUAGAGCGGGGCAAAUAUGACAAGGACUGCCCAUGUGUCAUUUGCAUGACAUACCACAUGACAAACUUUGCUGUGCUUAUGGCGGUGGAUGGAGUUCCGUUGGAAGGACCCCACGCUUUGCUGUUGUCCAUCAUUUCCUACAUUGGAUGCGGUUUGUCUCUGCUGUGCCUAGUCAUUGCCAUCAUCCUGUUCAUCGUCUUACGAGAGUUGAACUCCACACGUAUGGGCAUAGUGAAGAAUCUGUGUGUGGCUCUGUUCUUGGCACAGUUGCUGUUUGUUGCCGGGAUAGAAACAGCAAAGGUUAACGAGUAUGCCUGCAAGGCCGUAGCCGCCCUGCUUCACUAUUUCUUCUUGUGCGUGAUGGCCUGGAUGCUGUGCAACGGCCUCUACUUGUACCAGAAGGUGAAGAGAGCCACCAGGCCUGGCAGCGUUGUGGAUCUGAUCUACUUCUGCAUCCUGGGCUGGGGUGCCCCUGCUGUUGUAGUGGCCAUUACUGCGGGAAUUAACCACAAUGUGUAUGGAACCAAGGAGCUGUGUUGGUUGUCGGUGGAGGGAAGCGGCAUCUGGGCUUUUGUAGCCCCAGCCAUGCUGAUCAUCAUUUUCAAUGCAUUUGUGACAUUCCUGACUAUGAAGGCCUUCGUCUCAGUCAAGGUCUUCAAGGAUAAGAACGACAAGGACAAAUUCAAGUCGGGCCUGCGUGCUGUUGUCGUGAUGCUGCCCAUCCUUGGACUGUCCUGGAUCUUUGGACUUCUGGCUUUUGGCGAUUCUGGAAUCUUUUUCCAGUACCUGUUUGCAAUUUUCAACUCCUUACAGGGCGUGUUCCUGUUCAUCUUUCACAUCUUACUCAAUGACGAGGUCAAGGGAGCGAUGCGACGACGCUUUGGCAAAGUUGGAGCCUCUGGAGAUGAGAACAUGCUAUUCAACAAGAUCUGGGCCUUCUCCUCCACUACUGAGAAAACUGAGAUGUCAUCGGUCACCCAGCAUGACAAGAAACUUACUAAACCGGUCUACAAGAACUGAAAUAGCUGUGGCUGAAAUAUGCUGACACUGAUCUGCAGCAUUUGCCACAGGAAUCGACCUACCUAUCGGUGCAUGAAAAAUGUAUAUACAUCAAGUAACCGAAAUCUUUGUCAGUAAACAUGUUUUGGUUGUGAGAGGAGUAAACUUUUGGACUGAUAAACAAAAAAAAAGUAACUUAGCCCUAGUCAUUCUAUGGUCUGAUAACAGAAAACUAAGAAUGGAUGUAAUACUUACAAGCACUUCACCUAUUUUGUGAAAUAAAACUCUAGGAUUGGAGGAGACUUUUGAUUUUCUGAUUUUUUGUGCCACAGACGUUAACAACUAAUAAGCACAUAUUGUUCUAAAUCCCCUUAAAAUCCUUCAAGACUUAAAAUUGUAUAUAAAAAGAAUGCAGUAUUAAAUAAACUGCACUGUAAAAUAUCUGUUUGAGUUUUAAACGUAAUAGCUGUAGUAAUGUGAAGAGUGUUGAUAUUUUGUGAAGUGUGUAGGUUUGGUUGCAGUUAUAUUGUAAGCAAUUUGGCGGAUCAUAUUGCAUGUUGGCACUCUAUACUGAUGACUGGUUCUGUCCUUUGCCUCCUCGAUGACCAAAUCUAAUAACUGUGUAAAUAGGCAAGGAUGAUUGGCUCAUAUAUGAUAAGUUAAUACGAGUAGGUUAUUUU